AUGAAUGUUUCGAAUUAUUGGGAGAAGCUGCGCUCCGAUCUAAACCCCUAUUUUUUCGACCCCGAGGGCUUUGAGCGCCGCUACAAUUGUAGUUUUUACGACUACGACAGCAUUCCGACAGAGCAGAGACAACACAAGGUGUUCGGAGUGCUGAUCGUCGGGAUCUAUGCAAUUAGUGUGGUAAGUGGAGGCGCCUCCCGACUUUUCGGGUCGAUGACAGUUCGGGUUUUUCACAAAUCGAUCGAUGCGGGACGUAUCGAUCGAUUGGUGGAUGCCUAAAAAAAUGGUGUAGGAAGUGCCUACAAGGCCUGUAAAAGCCGCUGGAUGGUCGGUGGGCGUUCGGCAAAGGCUUGGCGGAGGCUUGGCAAAGACUUGCAAUAUGCGAGCUUCUUCUACAUUUUUAGCGUUUACUACCGUUAGUUUUCUUUAUCCUGAGUUAUUGUAAAAAAGUUUGCGGAAAAAAACGAAGACCCGCAACUUUUAUAUUCAUAUAAUAUUAUUGUCGUGAGUACAUGUAAAAUACCUCAAAAUAGGUGAUAAGCUCUCCCAGGACCCGACCAAUUUUAUUAUUUCUUCUAACUAUACCCUCUCUUGGCCUCCCAUGCAUAAAAUAACGAACCCACGCGGUCCAUAGUAUCGUUGACCCGGACUGUCGCUGACCCGAAAAGUCGUAGCGCCGGUGGAGGCGACGCAAUUUCAAUACGACGUCGCGCUCACUAGUUAUCUCGACUGAUCAACAUUUUUAGCCACUGUACGCUCUAUGUGCUGUGACAAUGUGCUUGACGGACUUGCGGAAGAGGUCGUGCUACCAGUUGAUGAUACUACUUUCGAUUAUCGACAUUAUCGACCUACACGGGAAUUCCCUUGUAUUUGGCGUCCUCAGCUACAUUGGAGUGGUAUAUUGUGUUGCGCCGAGAUAUCUGUGUAUCCAUGGGAUGGUAUGCUUGUGUAAGCUGACUUGUUAGCAUUUCUAGUCCUUUCGGAUAGUCGCUGGAGUGAUCGGAUCCGGUGGCAUACUGCUUUGCAUCCGGGAAGUAUCAAAAAACAUAGCAAAAUGCUUCCCUUUCCAACUAAAAAACUCCGUUUUGAAGGGUUCCUUCACAAAAAAGCCAGCGCGCUUUUGAAAUUGCAGUUUUUUUUCACUUGGAGAGGGAGGUAUUUUGCUACAUUUUUUGGUACUUCCCGGAUGCAAAAUGGUACAGUUUCUGCCAUUGGAUCAGGUCUUAAUUUCUUUCAGCCGCUUGGUUUGGCAGCACGCUGACAACGUUAAUUCUGAAUAUUAAUCGUUGCUGUGAACUGAAAGGCCAAGGAUUUGCGCAACGAUUCUUCGGCGGAAGAAUGAACAUCUUCUGGGUGGCUUUUGUCAUCUUUUACGCGUCGUUAGUGCCGAUUUGCAUAGUCCCUCCGGUUUUUGAUGGGGUGAAUUUAUCGCUGUUCUUCAACCCUCACAUGUCGUAUUAUCCGGAUAAUGGGCAGAUUGUAAGCUGUUUGUUUAGUAUUCUAAUAAAAAUAUAAGUUUGUCUGGAAAAUAAUAUGGACUCUGUCGCAACAAAAAUCGCAUCGCGGCCGAGGAAAUGAAUUUUGUCACGGCAAAAUAAAAUUGCUUUUCAGUUGAACGGCGUUGCGACAUUGCGCUCAUUAUUUUCCCGACAGACUUGUUUUACUAGUUUCAUUAUUUAUACCAAUAAUUUGCGCAAUUUUUUAGUACUACAGCAACUUCCAUUCGAUCCAUAACAUGGCCAUGUGUGUUUCCCAUACGACAACUUAUCUGGUCUUCAUUGGGUUGUACAUUCAUCAGUUCCGGGGGCUCGACAGGGUCAUCAAUGACAAAAGGGUAAAGUGAUUUUGAAAAAAAAUUUUGGGAAUAACAUAUUAUAUGAUUUCAGACUUACAUUCAAGUCAUCCUGAUCGGCUUCUUCCAUUUCGCUUCAAGCUUUUCCUACACCUUCGAACAGCUGGUUCCCGUGGGAUUCUACGGCGGACUCAUUGCAACCAUGUCCUACAUAUUGGCCACAGCACUUCCUCCAUUCGUCUACUUGACCUUCAACCUGAGCAUUCAACGGGCGCUCAAGAAGAUUGUCCAAAACAUCUUGAAGAUCAAGGACAAGGUCGUUGCCCCGAGCGGUCAUACCACAAGCCAGGUGGACCAAACUCUACGAAUCCAGCAGGAUUAG